UGCAACCCUCAACCUGAACGUCGGCAUUGCAUUGCAGUGCACAAAUUCCCGCUCUCUCACAGCCGUACAGCAGCAGCCUCGCACCACUCUUGUCUACCACAAAUUCCCUCGACGGGAAACAGUCUGUUUGGGAUCCAGAAGUAUUGUAUCGCCUCGAUCCCACCGACUUCUCUCAACGCCGACACAUAAUUGCUUCACAGCAACUCCUAAAUAAUUCCGUUGAACCGCGUCACCUUACACAGUCACCUCACAGCCAUUUUCACAGCCAUCGCACAGCAAUGGCGCCUUACUGGGAUAACCAGAUGGAGUAUGUCACCGCGGUUAGCGCCUCGCCAAACCCCUACCCGCCUCUCGGCCGCAAGCCCCGGCCCAGCAUGCUCGCUAUCCCGGACAUAUCGCCCCCUCCCCUCUCCCCCACGCCGCUUUUCUUCUUCCAACAAUCCGCUCCGAAGCGACAACCGCAGCAGCCGCCGCAACAGGCGCUACCGCAGCCGCCCCCACAGCCGCAGCCGCAGGAUAGGCGGAGAAGGCGGCUUUGGCGGGACGACCCGGAGCCCCCGCGCGCCAGCGCGCCUGUUGCGGGACUGCCGGAGCCGGCAGAAGCUGUGCCAGGCUGCGGAAGCCGCCUGAAUGGGGGGAUGGUGGGGGCCGCAAACUUCCGGGGGAGAAAUAUGGGGAUGGGGAUGGGGCAUGGCAUUUCGCUUUCCGCCGGUGGGAUGACCGAGAGAAAGCAGAGCUCCGCUCUCAUGCGGAGUACACGUUUUGCCACGUCGUCCGCUGUCGCAGAGCACGCUGUAACUGUGUCGCAGCAGCAGCUAUUGUCGCAGAUUCUAGGUCACUCUGAAUUCCCCGAGUACGACCUUCAGUCACCGAAUGUGGACCGCAGAUACCGAGAAUCCUGCGGCUGCUCUGUUGACACGUCAUCUCUCUGGUCGAGCCUGAUAUCUCUCGUUUGUCCUGAACCUGCGGCGUCAUCCGGGCCUGUUGCCGAGCCUCAUUCAGCGGUUUGUGACGACGUGGUUUUGGAUAUUCCUGAGUUUGUCGUGAAUCCCAAGACGCCCCUUGUUGCUGGUAGCGGAGGUUCUUUUAUGGUGAAGGAUGCUGUGCCUGUAUCGAGGGAAGCGGCAGCAGGGCCUAGCCCCAUGUCCGUGCUGACACCGACUGCUUCGGAACCAAGUCCGACGCAGCCACUCGCGCCUUUUGUCUGGUAGGAAUUUGACCUUGGAGCGCCAUAUUCCGCAUAAUGAGCUGUAUUAUAGCGGGGAUUACCGCAAGGGAUCCUUGUGGUUUUUGAGGGCCGCGUUGCUACCAAUAGAGCCAAUAUUAAGUGCACGUAUAUAAUUCUUCCCAGUUGGAAUCCCUCAGAAGUCUUCUACCAUGAAGUCGGAUAUGUAGAAGGGAAGAAAUAACUGGUCCAAUCCGAAGACUUUUGCCUACUGCAAGGAUUUUUAUCAGCUAUUUUAGUACCC